UCAUUGUCAGAUCCUUGUCUUCCCAUUACAGCCAUUUACAUUCAAAAGUUUAACUCUCCUGGAAGCUAACUACAGCCAGAAUUUUAAGUUUUCCAGAGAAAUUUUUUACUGAGCUGUCGAUAUUUAAAUUAGUUUUGGAGCGUGUUAUUAAAUUACACUGGCGCUCAAAUGAUUUAGCUAGUUUUAUCGACUUUUAGAGUUUCUUUUAGAGAUGGUAAGCCAACGUUAGCCUAACUAACUAACUUAAGCUAGCCGACUAGCAUGCCCCCCUAAAAGAUGACGGCCCACAACAAGUUCAGUACGGUAGCUCAGGAGGUAACAUAACACUGGUGGAGAGAAAACACAAAGCAUUUGGAGUUGGGUGUGACAGUAGUGGUUGGGUUAACUGUUAUCAUGAGAUGGACGAAGGGAAAAGACUGCCCCCCUCAAAUGGACGAGCUUCAGCCUGUUUCCCCCGGUCAAAUGAUACUUCAGCUGAGCUCUGGCACAGCACUCCAAUUAAAACGAAAAGUGGUGGUGCUUCACUGGAUGCUAGCCCGCCCUCUGUCCUAAGCAGCUUCAGGAUGGACAACAGAGCCAAACAGUGGACCAGUAGGUCGCCUCCCAUCCCAGUAGACACACUCUGUACCCCCAACCAGCAGGACACAGAGUUUUCUGUGAAUGACCUGAGCGGCUCCACCAUCCAGAGGCAGAGGAAGGAGCUCCAGCUGCUAAUGGCUGAGCUGAAGGACCGGGACAGGGAGCUGAACACCAUGGCCGCAUCCCAUCAUAAGCAGCUUCACGCCUGGGAACGAGACCGCCAGAGGGUGCUCACCUUGGAGCGGAGGUGUGCCCGUUUGGAUGACGAGCUACAGAAGCGUAACGAGGUGAUCCGAGUCCUGACUAAACGUGUGUGGGUGGUGGAAACCAGGGAGGUGGAGGUACAGAAGGAGCUCAGCGCAGCCCAGCAGCAGCUCUCUGAGCUUGAACAGAAACAGCAGCACAUCAGCCAAAAAUGUGAAGACUUUGAGGAGAAGAACCAGAGUCUGAGCUCCACAGUCAUGGCUCUGUCCACUCAGGUCGGCUCUCUGCAGGUCAGGGAGGAAGAGCUGAGCUCCAUGCUCAAGCUUAAGGACAAAGAUGUGACGGAGGCCUCUGGUCAGAUAGUCGACCUCACAGGGCGCCUACGAGACUUGGAGACGUCGCUAACGGAGAGUCGCUCGCGGGAAAGUAAACUCCUGAGAGACUUGGAGGAAAACAAACGGCGUUACAGAGAGGCCAAGCACGAGAUCUCAGGUCUUAAAGAGGAGCUGAAGCAGCAGCUAACGCAGAGCAGCACUCAGAGGGAGGAGAUCAUCCGCCUCAAACAGGAGCUGCAGCUGCUGCACAGAGAUCUGGCUUUGUCAGGAGAGGGCGACAGCUGGAAAGACGAGCUGCUCGAACUGGCUCGCUCCAAACAGGAACGCACCACGUCGGAGCUGCGCUGCCUGCGACAGGUGUGUGAGAACCAGCGGAAUGACCUGCAGCUUUUGCAGCUGAACCUGGAAAGUGCUCAUGAAAGCCUCAGAGAGAAGAGCAGUCAGGGGUUACCCAGCAGUCAGGACAAGACAAGGUGUGGCUGUCUGGACAAACGGUCACCUUCAUCGCUCAGGGUGAAGAACUCGAGACUCUCACACCAUGUUCUACCAGCAGCCAACCUGCAGGGCCCAGUGAGCCCUGAUCCGCGGGUCCUCUCAGCUCGCCUGGUGGAUGGUGGUGACCCUCUGUCCAGCUGUUGUCUGCAGCAGCUGUUAGAGGAGUCCAGGCGGGUCGUCGAUGCCGGUUCAGAGCUCAGCGGCUCGACACCCCACAGCCCUGAACUCAGCAGAGGCUCCGCCGUGAGCUGUGGGGCCGCUGACCCCCUUCACUCUCACCUGCACCACCGACACCACCCAGCUACCCCGACACACCAGCAGGCCGGUGAAACCUGCCCUCGACACCAGCCAGACGUGUGGACGGCGUGACGCUGACUCAGGAGCACAUUUUUCUUCUUCUUCGUCUUUUUUUGGACUCUUUACCAAAGUUGUUACAGUCAGUGUUUCAACACACAGAAGAUUAAAGGUUGAACUCAUCUGCCUCUCAGGAAAACAAUGAAGUGAUGUAAAUAAGAAACUUUUUAUACCGUGUGUGUCUGCACCAGACGUCGACACAGUGUGUGUGUGUGUGUGUGUGUGUGUGUUUAAAGCCCAGGUGGAGGUGUUUGAAGGCUUUCUCGUGUGCAGUGGGUGAGAUGUGAAACCAGUCUUACAGGGCUGUUGACUGGUGUGUCCUCGUUUUGUCUUUCCAGUUUCUCUGCCUGCAGAUCUGCCAGGUGACUCAGAGGAAAUGUCGAUGGCUGUUAAUACUUUUGACUUUUAAUUUGUCCCUUGGACUUCGUUUUUCUACUUUUGAUUAAAAAAAGAAAAAACGUUA